UCGCGGCCACCAAUGGGAGGCGGCCGCGGCGGAAGGCGGGGAAGCGCGGCGCCUGAGGGUGGCGUCCCCAGAGACGCCUCCGGAGCCAUGAUGGCCGCGAAGGUGAAGGUGGAGAAACCAGAACUGGACCCGGUCUCGGCCCGGCUCCGCCUGGACGCCGUCCUGGAGCAGCUGCAGCAGCGCGGCCGCGGCGCCCCCAGGGAGCCGCUGGAGGAGGAGCCGGGGAAGGCGCCCGGGGAGGCCGCCGAACAAGGAGGCCUCCGCCCAGCGUCCCGGGAAGAGGCCGCCCGGGCGUUUCCCGCAGCAGCGGCGGAAGAAGCGCCGGGAGGGGGGGGAGGGGCUGGAGACCCCCCCCCAGAAACAGAACUCGUUCGUGAUCCGCCUGUUCGACCGCAGCGUGGAGCUGGGGCAGUUCCCGGCCGGGACCCCCCUGUACCCCGUGUGCCGCGCCUGGAUCGGCCACAGCCCCGCCCCCGCCGCGCCCCAGGAGCAGGCGCCCCCCAAGGCCGAGGAUGUGCUGGAGGCUGCCCCCCCCCAGCCCCGCCCUGGCCCCGCGCGUCCCCUCCCCCCUCGGGCCUGACGAGGACGCCGGGGCCCUCGGACCAGGUGCUCGACCCCGCCCCCUCGAUUACGUCACUGAUCUACAAAAACAUGGAGAGGUGAAACGGGUCCGGCAGCGGUGGCGGGAGGCGGCGCAGCGGAGCAGCAGCAGCGCUACGGGCCCAGCCUGCGCCUGCUGCGCAUCAUCUACGAGCGCCAGUGAGGCCCACGCCCACCCCGGGCCACGCCCACCCCGGCACGCCCACCCCGGCCACGCCCCACCAAUAAAGGCUCCGCCCCUUUCCGCUC